AUGCACGACUUCAAAUCUGCGACGUCGGCGGUCGCCAGCAAGGCCAUGCGCAACGAACUCAAUGAGAUGAUAGAAGGUAUUGAGGAUUCUGCUACUUGCCGUGCUUUUGAAGGGGAAAUGUCAUCGUUCUACCACCUAUUUAACCGUUUUCUUUCCGACAAGGCCAAAGGUACCAAAUUGGAAUGGGACAGAAUUCAACCGCCGUCGCCCGAGCAGAUCAAACCGUACAGCUCUUUGCCCAAGGCCACGGAUCCAUCUGUGCUGAGCAAACUGGCCGUUUUGAAGCUCAACGGUGGCCUUGGUACCACAAUGGGCUGCACAGGCCCAAAAAGUGUCAUUGAGGUGCGCGAAGGCAUGACUUUUUUGGACUUGUCUGUGCGUCAAAUUGAACAUUUGAACGGCACGUACAAUGUCAGUGUGCCUUUUAUUCUUAUGAAUUCAUUUAAUACGGAUGACGACACGGCCCGUGUGAUCCAAAAAUAUGCAAACCACAACGUCGAGAUCCUCACGUUCAACCAAAGUCGCUAUCCACGCAUCGAUCGUGAUAGUUUGCUCCCCUGUCCGCGCAGCGCAACAUCGAACAAAUCCUUGUGGUACCCUCCUGGCCACGGCGAUCUUUUCGAUGCUAUGAACAACUCUGGGCUUUUAGAUCGCCUUAUUGCGAUGGGCAAAGAAUACGUUUUUGUGUCAAACGUCGACAACCUUGGCGCUGAUGUUGAUUUGAACAUUUUGCAGCACAUGGUUGAGACUGAGACAGAGUUUAUUUCGGAGGUUACGGACAAAACAAAAGCCGACGUGAAAGGAGGUACCUUGAUUGACUAUGAUGGUACUAUGCGUCUGCUUGAAAUUGCGCAGGUGCCCUCGGAACAUGUCGAGGAUUUUAAAUCCAUUAAGAAAUUCAAGAUUUUUAACACGAAUAACCUUUGGCUGAACCUCAAGGCAAUUAAGCGUGUGGUCGAGAACGACGAGCUUGAGCUUGAGAUUAUAGUUAACCACAAGUCGCUCGAGAAUGGCGAACCGGUCAUCCAGCUCGAGACUGCUGUGGGUGCCGCGAUCAAGCAUUUCCGCGGUGCUAAGGGUGUGAAUGUGCCACGCUCGCGCUUUUUGCCCGUGAAGAACUGCUCUGAUCUUCUUUUGAUCACCAGCGAUUUGUACAGGCUCGUGCAUGGCAGGCUAGUGAUGAACCCUCGCCGCGAGUUCGGCCAGACCCCAGUGGUCAAGCUUGGAGACACGUUUAAAAAGGUUGGAAACUACCAAAAGCGCUUCAAGAACAUUCCCGAGAUGAUUGAGCUCGACCAUCUCACUGUCCAGGGCGACGUUUGGUUUGGUCGCAACAUUAUCUUGCGCGGCACUGUGAUCAUUGUGGCGAAUGAAGGCCACAAGAUCGAGCUGCCCGAUGGCGCUGUUUUGGAAAACAAGUUGAUUACAGGCAACUUGGCCAUCAUUGAGCACUAA